AUGUUACUCCGGACUGUGAUCCUGCUCCUCCUCUGCGAAUCCUCGGCCUUGGGGGCCACUUUAGGCCACUACCAAGCUCAGGAUAAAGAGGAGGAUGCCCUUCCUGUCAACGAGGGUGUCAUAGCUGAAGCUGCUGAAGCUGCUGAAGCUGCUGAAGCUGGUACAGACACGACAACAGGUGAUCCGUCACCAGCCGAGCAAGCUCCAGUCAAUUCAGCUUUCGGUGAUAAUAUACUUUCUAAAAUAUUUGGAGAAGAAAACCCAGAAGGUGACAAACCUGAAGUGGCUGCAGAUGCUGAAAAUGGCAAAGAGUUGGAGGCCGACGGGGAUGCCGGAAACCCCACCGCCACGGAAGAGCUGACUGAAGAUGCUGCCACACAUGAGAAACCGUCAUCUGAAGACGAAGACAGGAAUGAGAUCCGACCCGUCCAGAAUCAGAGCACGGCCCCGGAGCAGGAAGAGGACAGCAGCUGGAGCAUCAACUCCAUCAGAAGCGGUUUCCAGACCAUGCAUGGAUACUUUGAUUCUCUCGUGGAGCUGGUCGGGGGCCACAACGGUGUAUGUCAGUACCGCUGCAAACACGGAGAAAUUCCCCAGCCUCGCCCGGGCUACCAGCUCCCCGAGCCCAACGGCUGCAGCUCGUCCCUGAUCGGACUCCAGGUGAAUGCUGCACUCGACCUGGGGAUCCCCGCCAUGACAAAGUGCUGCAACCAGCUCGAUGCGUGUUACGACACCUGCGGCACAAACAAGUACGUCUGUGACUCCAAGUUUCGUGUGUGUCUGCACGACAUCUGCUCCGACCUCAACAAGAGCCUGGGCUUUCAGUCAAAGGUGCAAGCCUGUGAAUCGGUGGCAGACGCUCUCUACAACACGGUGUGGACUCUCGGCUGCAGGCCCUACAUGAACAGCCAGAGGGCAGCUUGUCUCUGCAACGGAGAGGACAAAGACGAGCUGUGA